UCAUGCAGUUUAAUAGAAACAAGAAACACUAGCAAAUACUUAUUAGUGAUUGAUAAUAGCACCCCAAGUUUCGAUCUUUUCAUUUCCUUGUCAACAUAUUACUAUUCUUGUAUCCUUGCACAUUUCAUAUUGCCAAGUAGUAAUUACUAUGAUGGUCUUAACAAAACCUGCCAUUGAGCAUUUCCCAAUAGUCAAGAACUCUUGCAAAGCCACCUCAUUCUUCAAUGAUGUUCCUGUAAUAGACCUCUCUAAACCUGACUCUAGGAACCUCAUUGUUAAGGCCUGCGAAGAAUUCGGGUUCUUCAAAGUCAUAAACCAUGAUGUCCCAAUGGAGUUCAUAAGUAAACUCGAAUCUGAAGCCAUUAAAUUUUUCUCAUCUCCCCUCUCUGAGAAACUAAAAGCAGGUCCUGCUGACCCUUUUGGCUAUGCUAACAAACAGGUUGGACAAAAUGGUGAUAUUGGUUGGGUCGAAUACAUUCUCCUUUCAACUAACUCUGAAUUCAGUUACCACAAAUUCGCUUCUAUAUCAGGUGUAAAUCCAGAAACAAUUCGCUCUGCAGUAAAUGAUUAUGUGUCAGCAGUAAAGAAAAUGUCGUGUGAGAUUCUUGAAAUGUUGGCAGAGGGAUUAAAGAUUCAUCCUAAGAAUGUUUUCAGUAAGCUUUUAAUGGAUGAAAAGAGUGAUUCUGUUUUCAGGCUAAAUCAAUAUCCACCAUGUCCUGAGAUUGAAGAAUUCAGUGGUAAAAAUAUGAUUGGAUUUGGAGAGCAUACCGACCCGCAAAUCAUAUCAGUAUUGAGAUCCAACAACACUUCAGGCCUCCAAAUUUUACUCAAAAAUGACCACUGGAUUUCUGUCCCACCUGAUCCGACUUCAUUUUUCAUCAAUGUUGGUGACUCAUUGCAGGUGAUGACUAAUGGGAGGUUUAAGAGUCUGAAGCAUAGGGUAUUGACAAACAGUGUGAAAUCAAGAUUAUCAAUGAUAUAUUUUGGAGGACCACCAUUGACUGAAAAGAUAGCACCGUUGCCAUCACUAAUGGAAGGAAAAGACAGCUUGUACAAAGAGUUUACGUGGUGUGAAUACAAAAAAUCAGCAUACAAAACUAGAUUGGCUGAUAAUAGGUUGAUUCAUUUUGAGAAAAUCGCAGCCUCAUAGUGAUAUUUUUUCUUGAGUAAGAGCGAGAGGCAGAUUCAGAAUUUGACGAUUAUGGGUUCUGAAUUUAUUAUAUAUACAUAAUCAAUAGAUUUUUUUUGACAAAUAUAUAGUGUUUGAAUCUUAGUGGAUUCUACCGAACUCGUACUUAGCAUGCUAGCACCGCACCUGCUAAGGUCCACCUUGACUUGUUGGUCUAGGGGAUAUUUGAUAGGAUUUUCCAUAGUUGAUCAUUCUCUCAAACUUCUGUAACUACCUGUCUUGUGUUUAUUUAUAAUAAAUAGAAGUUCGAAGUCAUAA